AUGUCCGGGCCCAAGAAGAUCUUGAUGCUCACGAACGCCGAGCAUGGCCAGGCCAACGUCUUCCUGGCCACCGCCCACGAGAUCCUGCAGGUCGACCCCGAGGUCGAGGUGCACGUCUGCUCGUUCCCGGCCCUCGAGUCGUCCGUGGACAGCAUCCGCGUUCUCAACAAGUCGGCCGACUCGAGGCUCAGCUUCAUCAAGCUGGCCGGGCCGUCGUGGAAGCAGGCGCUCUUCGGGCGGCCGGAGCACCAGUUCCAGGAGCUCAACGACAUCCGCCCGACGAUAUGGAACGUGGCCAGGGCGGCCAAGCUGACGCGCAUCGCCUGUCCCUGGACGUCGGGGGAGCUCUGCAACUUGGUGACGGAGAUUGAGAAGAUCAUCGAGGACCUGAAUCCGGCUCUUACAAUCGUGGACAACCUGUUCACGCCUGCCGUGACCGUCUGCUACAAGGUGAAGCCGCACUGGAUGGUGCUCUCGCCAAACACUUACAAGGAGUUUGCGCUGGCGAACCAACCGAACCAGCAAUACUACUGGAAAUAUCCUCCCCCGCGCUCGACGAUCGCCUUCCCCGUGCCGUGGUACCAGAUGCCGCUCGUCUACUACAUGGUGCGCACCAUGUACCUCAACCACAACGACCCCUUCAUGCUCUCCCACGCGCGCGAGAUGAAGGCCGCCAUCGACACCGACUACGCCGACUGGGCCUACAUCUCCAUCGUGCCGCCCCCGGGCCUGCAGAUCCUGCUCGCCUCCCGUCCCGAGGUCGACUUUCCCUUUGACGUCAAGCCCGCCCACAUGAUCCCGUGCGGGCCGAUAAUCCGCCCCGCGCCGCCCGUUGCCGAGGCGGACCCGGAGCUGGCGAAGUGGCUGGCGAGGCGCCCGACGGUGCUGGUCAACUUGGGCACGCACGCGUCGUACGACGCGCAGCACGCGCGGGGCAUGGCGGGCGCGCUGGACAGGAUGCUGAAGGAGGCAAAGGGCAAGGGCGAGGCGCUGCAGGUGCUGUGGAAGCUGAACGGGCGCGAGGGCGAGGACGUCAAGUUGGAGGAGUUUACUGGGAGGUGGGGGGAUGCUGUCAAGGUGGUGAAGUGGCUGGACGUGGAGCCGAGCAGCAUCCUGGAGUCGGGGCACGUCGCGUGCUCGGUGAACCACGGCGGCGCCAACUCGUUCUUCGAAGCAAUCAGUGCCGGUGUACCGCAGGUGGUGCUUCCGGUCUGGGGCGACACGUACGACUUUGCCAAGAGGGCCGAGUGGCUGGGCGUGGGCCGGUUCGGCAGCUGGAAGCACGCGCCAAAGGUGGAUGAGAAAGAACUCGGGGGCGUCUUGAAGGAUGUCGUACUGGGACCAAAGGCAGCAAGCUUCAAGGCAAAGGCUGCGGAACUGGCGGCGCUGUGCAAGAAGGAGGGCGGGGGAAGACGUGUCGCGGCGAAGACAAUCCUUGCCGCGCUUGAUGAUAAGGGAGAUUCAUCUGAUGAGUAG